GAGAGAUACAAUUCUGUGGUAAAAUAUUUCGAAGCAGAGCGUCGGUACGGAUGGUGUGUCAGCUGAGUUACCGGUGAGGAUCGCGGGGACCGGGGAGUGGUCUGCUGCCGAGGGUGGAGUGCUUCAAGUUAUACGAAUACGAAAUUACGAAGCCGAUUCCAGUCUCUACUGUAGUCUUACAUUUAUCUAGAGUGGUGACGCUCAAUCUUAUUCUUUUGGACUUGAAAGUUUGUACGUUACUCAUCUGACAUUUACCGGGAGACGUGCAUUUGUUGAUUUCGACACCUCCUGGGGAAUUAUAGGGAGGAGUCAUGUCUUCGUGUCUGCUACCUCCAUGCGUCAUCGACGUGGGAACGGGAUACACCAAGCUGGGCUUUGCUGGCAACAAAGAACCGCAGCUUAUGAUACCUUCUGCAAUAGCAAUUAAAGAGACUGCCAAAGUUGGAGAUAAUUCUACAAGGCGAGUGACCAAAGGUAUCGAGGAUUUAGAUUUUUACAUUGGAGAUGAAGCUUUUGAUGCCACUGGUUAUGCGGUCAAGUAUCCAGUUAGGCAUGGUCUAGUUGAGGACUGGGAUCUGAUGGAACGUUUUCUUCAACAAUGUAUAUUUAAAUAUUUGAGGGCUGAGCCAGAGGACCACUAUUUUUUGUUGACAGAGCCUCCUCUAAAUACUCCUGAAAAUCGCGAAUAUACAGCUGAAAUAAUGUUUGAGUCAUUUAAUGUUUCUGGACUGUACAUUGCUGUCCAGGCAAUAUUAGCUAUUGCAGCUUCUUGGACUCCAAAAAACGUUGAAGACAGGAGUUUGACUGGCAUUGUUAUCGACAGUGGUGAUGGAGUGACUCACGUAAUUCCAGUGGCAGAGGGUUUUGUUAUUGGUAGCUGUAUCAAGCACAUUCCAAUCGCUGGUCGAGAUAUUACGUACUUUAUUCAAAGUCUCUUGAGAGACAGGGAAAUCGGAAUUCCUCCUGAGCAAUCUUUGGAAACAGCAAAGACAAUCAAAGAGAAGCACUGUUACAUUUGUCCCGAUAUUGCCAAAGAAUUUGCAAAAUUUGACAGUGAUCCUAGCAAAUUUGCAAAAUAUGAUGGUGUUAAUAAUAUUACCAAACAACCGUUUAGUGUGGAUGUUGGAUAUGAAAGAUUUCUUGGACCAGAAAUUUUCUUUCAUCCUGAGUUUUCUAAUCCAGAUUUUACGACGCCUCUCGAUGAAAUAGUAGAUGACGUUAUCCAAAACUGCCCCAUUGACGUUAGAAGGCCUUUGUAUAAUAAUAUUGUAUUGUCGGGUGGUUCUACCAUGUUCAAAGGAUUUGGGAAAAGAUUGCAAAGAGAUAUAAAAAAAACAGUUGAUGCUCGUUUGAAACUGAGCACAGAUUUGAGUGGUGGACAUAUCACUCCAAAGCCAAUUGAUGUUCGUGUAAUAUCACACCACAAGCAACGCUGUGCCGUAUGGUAUGGUGGAGCUUUGUUGGCGAGUGAUCCCGAAUUUUACACAGUGUGUCACACGAAAGCUGAUUAUCAAGAACACGGCCCAGCAAUAUGUCGUUACAAUCCCGUGUUCCGUAGCAUGAUUUAGAAAUAAAGUCAAAGAGU